GCCACAACCACCUCGUGUCAACCACCGUAGAUAAACCACCACCGCCAUCAAUGCCCACCAUCUCUAUAAAACCACCACCUCUUCCCACCAAACACCAACAAAAAACACCAUGACAACAACAACAACAAUCCUCGAAACAUGCCACAUUCCACCGCCGCCGGCGGCCAACGACCUCUCAAUCCCCCUCUCCUUCUUCGACAUCAAAUGGCUCCACUACCACCCCGUCCGCCGCCUCCUCUUCUACCACCACCCUUCCUCCAAAUCCCAAUUCCUCCACACAAUCGUUCCACACCUCAAACAAUCACUCUCUCUCGCUCUCACACACUACCUCCCCGUCGCCGGCAACCUCCUCUACCCGUCCAACACCGAAAAAUUCCCCCAACUCCGCUACGCCGCCGGGGAUUCCGUCCCGGUGACGAUCGCGGAGUCCAAUUCCGACUUCGAAAGCCUUACCGGAAACCACACGCGCGACGCCGAUCAAUUCUACGAUCUCCUCCCGCCUAUUCCUCCGAUUGAGGAGGAAUCGGAUUGGAAAUUGAUCAACAUUUUCGCGGUUCAGAUCACUCUGUUCCCCGGCGAAGGAAUCUGCAUCGGUUUCUCCAAUCACCACUGCCUCGGCGACGCCAGAUCUAUCGUCGGAUUCAUCUCCGCUUGGGGUGAAAUCAACGGAAUCGGAGGAUAUGAAGGAUUCUUAUCCAAUCACAGUGAUUCUCUCUCCCUUCCGAUUUUCGAUCGAUCGUUUAUUAACGAUCCGAACAAAAUCGACGCUAUUUUCUGGAAAGUGCUGAGAAACAUACCAUUGAAAACGGCGUCGUUUCCGCUGCCUACGAACAGAGUCAGAUCUACAUUCCUCCUCCGCAGAUCCGACAUCGAGAAGCUGAAAACCGCCACUAAAUCGCCGGCGUCGUCGUUCGUCGCGGCAGCAGCGUUCGUCUGGAGCUGUAUGGUGAAAUCCGGCGACAAAUCCGACGAAAAUGCGCCUGAGCUUUUCAUCAUACCUGCGGACGCCAGGGGGAGGGUGGAUCCGCCGAUACCGGAGAAUUACUUCGGCAACUGCAUCGUGAGCUCGGUGGCGCAGGUGGAGCGCGGGAAGCUGGCGGCGGAGGAUGGAUUCGCGGUGGCGGCUGAAGCAAUUGGCGGGGAGAUCGAGGGGAAAUUGAAAAACAGAGAUGAGAUUUUGAGAGGAGCGGAGAAUUGGAUGUCGGACAUAUUCAAAUGCUUCGGGAUGAGCGUGCUCGGAGUUUCUGGAUCGCCGAAAUUCGAUCUGUUGAAGGCGGAUUUUGGAUGGGGAAAGGCGAGGAAAUUGGAGGUGCUGUCGAUUGAUGGAGAGAAUCACUCAAUGUCGCUGUGUAGCUCGAGCGAUUUCAAUGGCGGAUUGGAGGUGGGUUUGUCGUUGCCCAGAGAGAGAAUGGCGGCAUUUGAAGAGGUGUUUAGAGCAUCCAUAAUGGCGGCGAGCGGACCGGCUAGGCGAUCUCCGGCGCUCGUCGAACCAUUGUAACCGGCGAGCGCCAUUUCGGCGAAAAAAUCGGCGAGCGCAGGCCGAUUCGCGAGAGCGCUGGGCGAUGCGCUCGCCGCCAUUGCAGGCUCCGGACCGGGGAGCGAUCGGCGAGCAAAAUUUUCUUUUUCUUUUAAUUUUCGAAACUCUAUAUGUACGCGUUUUGCACGUCAUUUUCAUUCGCAUCACUUGUUUUAACGAGUACUCUCUCUAUCUUAA